ACAUAAUUGCCGUUGAGGUUGAGGCAUUUAUCAUACCAGUGGGCCAGCCUAUAAAAACUCUCUAUACAUGAAUGAGUUCAAGUCGACUAAUGACGUUGUUUUGUAGUUCGUUAUAGUUUGGAAGCUCUGCCCUCAAAGUCUUGUCUUGAGAUUGGUUAAAGGUAAUUUACUAGUGGCCAAGUCAGGUUUGUAUGAUAUGAUCAAAACUAUUCCAUUUGAUUUACUGGAGAAGUCGUUUUGGUUGCACCUUCACUGUGAGCCCGAGUUGACCCGUCUUUCGGAGAAGACGAUAAACCGUCGGUCCCGACUACCUGAAAAGUAGUCGUCAUCUCUCAUAACCCUCUCACCCCCCAUCCCUCUCACUCUUUAACCACGCACAAGCCAAAGAGCUUAUGUGGGGGGCAUCACCCUCGAUAUUAUCAUUAUUGUCAUGGUUCUAAACGUUUCCGGAAAUUAUUUCAACUGACGUAUUUAAUUUUCCGACAUCAUUCACGCACAAUAUCAUCACUCAUAACGUUUCCUGCAAAACUUGAAUCAUUCUUCGGUAGAUUUACGCUGAAGUAUUGUAUUUUGCUUGCAAAAACGAAUAACGCUACCAAAAUUUUCGCGGGAGGCUCAAUUGAGGCGGCCAUGCUUCAUGUCUAUAACUCGACAACAAUUGAGAAUCUAUCUGGCCGCACCGGUCAACAGGGCGUUUGGUGGGAUGAGAAGCUGUUCAGCUCUGUGAAAAUCAACUCCUUAUCACUGAUCCAAGUGUCUGUCUUUUAUGAUUUAUGUAAUCGGAGGUUGAAAAAAAUGACCCUCGUAUAAUUCAGAUUCAUAAAAAUAUUCUAUUAUUCAUUCAACCAGGUAAAUUACAUCCUGAUCAAAUGUGUCCAAAUUAUAGUAUAACCACUCAAUGAUAAUUAUGAGUUGAAAAAAUAGGGCCGAGGCACACGAGGCGUUUUUUCAGACGAGUCGGUACAAGAGAGGAAACUCUCCGAUUGGCUGAUUCUCGAUGCGCCAACCCAGUCAGUCAAUCAGAGAGCUUCCUGUCCUGUGCCGACUUGUCUAGAAAAACGCCUCCUGUGUCUCGGCUCCAACUCAUCCACCUUCUGUUGAUGCUGUUGAAUUAUCACUUAUCAUUGUAAACAAUCUUUCAUUCGGCCCUAAAAGUAAUUUUGGAUGAAACCUUUGGAAAAUUGAUGUUUUUUCUUUCCUAUAUUUUGUUUCAUCAGCAACCACCAUGAACAAACUAUACUCCGUACAAAAUUACUUCAGACUUAGAGGAAUUUGCGGCGCAGAGAAAUGGAGGGAGAUCAGCCAAUUACAGUGAUGGAUAGUCAUAGGAAGAAGCGCAGUUGUCAAUUUGUUGAUUAAACUCAGUCGACUGAGCGCUUCCAGAGAGGAAACAUGCGUAUCAUGAGCGCUUGAAGACUCACUAGAAAUUAGAGAACGCUGGCCGGCUAAAAACGGAAACAUAGCCGCCAUUGGAUCUCUGCCGCAGUAUGCCUUCUUUGCUGCGCAUGUCCAUCCCAACUUUAACGUUUCCUCUAGGCCUACCUUCCCUUCCCUUCAAAUUUGAAAGCGCACUCGAAGCAGAAAAUGCAUUGGUUGAAGCAGAAAUGGAGAGGAUGAGAAAACAGUUCGAGAAGAAAAGGAAGUUCAGAUGUAUGAAAUGUUCUACAAACUAUGAGUUCAGUUGGGAUUCUAAAAAAUUCGUAUUCAAAAAAUUUGAAACUCUCAGGAAACCAGAAAUUGUCAAAACAGCUAGGCCUAUAUUUUCAUGUCCUUAUUGUCCUUAUAAAGCUAGAAUGAGAAACAAUCUCAAAAGGCAUUUAGUAGCACAACAUAAAGACCAUAAGUUCAAGUGUUGAGAAAUGAAUUUUUGGUACAAAUAAGAAAGAUUUAGAAAAUAAAAUCACAGUUUUUUUACUUGCAUAUUUCUAUCUAGACACAAUUUAAAUUGACUAGAACUUAACUAAUAAGUGACGAUGUGUGUGCUAUGAUUGAAAUCAUAGUUUUAUGUGAAUAAAACCAUAAAACAUUCAUACUUCCUCGACUUUUUCUAUGAUAAAACUCUGUUCUCAUAGAAAAUGUUAAAAUCAUUAUUUUUUGUCAUUGUGAAUUGUUCAUGGUAUAUAUAGUUAAUACUUCAACAAGGUGUUGGAUAUUAGAAGUUUUAAAAUGUUCAUAUUAGUUUAAGGUGUUAAAAUUUGUAAAAACUUCAUAUUAGUUUUAGAUAUAAGAAUGUUUAAAAAAUUAUAUUAGUUUUAGAUGUCAGAAGUUUUCAACCUGCCAAUAUAUAGGAAACUUAACACUGUGUUAAAGCCUUGACUUUAUUAUAGCAAAUAAUUUAUAAUUAUUAAUAAAUUUUAACAUAAUAUAUUAAUGUUUGUACUACACUUGUACAAACUGAUAACAGUACUAUAGUUUUGAAUUAUUAUUCUCAACUAUAAGUAAAUAAAUGAACUUGUAACAUUAUUAUCUUAUUUUUAUAUUUGUGAAUUUGAUUAAAAUCCAAGAUGG